AGUGGGAGAAUUUGCACAAUUAGUGGUUGACUAAAUACUUAUUUGCCCCACUGUAUGGUUAGACAAUCAAAAUUACCUGUACAUUUUAACUCUUUAUAUAAUGUAAUAAGGUUGCUUAAAAGUUGGUGGGGACAAUUUGAGCAUCCUGAAAAGUUGCUAGUGUUAUGUCCAUACCGUACCUAUGCAAACCUACGCCCUUGUGCAAAGUGCUUCUGAAUAAUUGCACACAGAAAAAGUCGUCCACAUUUCGAGGGAAACAUCGGAAAGUUGUACGGUUUUGAAUUAUUGCUGACAUUUUCUGACGCCUGGAAAUAUUUGUGUUUUAUAGAUAUUCUUUUAAGACACUGAGACAAGAUGUCAAUAUUUUAAAUUAAAUGACUUAAAGCAGGUGGAAUAUUUCUUUCAUUUUGCUUAACACUGCUAAGGAUUCCAGCAUAUCCUGGUGUCUGUACCAGCAAAACAAAAACAUAAUUAAUCACGUUGUAUUGACGUGUUAUUUAGAGCCUUACGGUUUUCCGUCCGUUGUCAUGACAACCAGCAGUUUGUUUGACAGAAGUAGGAAACUAGCAGAUCUCUAGUCUCUCCCUUUGACGAAAUUAAAACAUUUUAGUUUGGUGAGAAGAUAACGUCAAACACGAAACACUGAACGGCGCAACAACACUUUUUUGGACUGAAUGACGACGUUGCUGCGUGCUGUUUGGGUGUCAUUUGAUCUCCUCUCCCAUCUCCGUUUCAGGAAUGUUUGAGUAUGUAAGAUAAUUUCGGAAACAAACUGAGUGGAAUCGUACACGGGCGCCAUCUUGGAAAGUGUAGGCGGCCAUCUUGGAUCUGACCAUGGCGUCCUCUCAGUCCGACGUCAUCGACUUUUCGGCACUGGAGAAAGAUUUGCGCGCCGGCGUGGAGUCGGAGCUAAAGUACAGACGAGAGAAUGACGCCAAGCUGAGGGCCGUUCGGCAAGGCGUCCCAUCGUACCAGCACUUCAGAGACCUGGUGCUGACCUGUCACUUGACACCCCUCGACAAGAACGACAAGAACCGACGCACACGAGCCCCCUGGAACCCGAUGGUUGCUCCCGGGGACAACAAUGGCAACACAGCUGACCCGCAGUGACAACACCUGCUGCCACAAACGACUAUUUUGAUAGUCGACCAAUCAAUUAUUAUUUUUGCUAUUAAUCAACUCAUGGCUUCAUAUUUAAAUCAUCUGUUAUUUACUGAUAUAUGACCCUUUCUCUUAAUUUUAGCUAGAAAAAACAUUGGACAAGUUGGCCCUUGCAUCCUUUGAUUUUUCUAAAAGCAGAGUCUCAAUAGUGGAACAAAUGUGAACAGAGCCCGGGUGCAAUGAGCAUAAAUGGAACCCCUGAGUGGAGCGUCCGACAGGGAUUGGGGGGUGCUAGUGGACAAUUAUUCGUGGUCCCCUCCAGUCGAUUGUCCGGUGUGUGUUAGUGGGGGUGAAAGUGGAUUUUUAUUUGCGGGCCCCUCCAGACAACUGGCCAAGCGGUAGUGGGGUUGGUAUGUAUGUAGCAUAAAUUAAGUCGCUGCUCGGCCAGCGGCGGGGUCGGGGUCGCUCCCUCCCGACUCUAUGCCGAGCGAACUGGAGUAUAUAAAAAGGUAUAGAGGAAAAUUAAAUCACGAAAGGGUAACCGCGUGAUACCCCAAGUCACACAGGCGUGCAAUCGCUCUCACUUUCUUGACUUUUUAAACUGUCAAAUUGUCGCCACUUCCAGGAGCGCAAGACUCACGAAACGGCCGACGCGAGAGGCUCCGCCUGUCUCGGCCACUGUCACUCUCACAUGGUCCGUUCUGGAACAGCAAGCAAAACAACUGCCAUAUUUGAGCCCGAUUCUGUGUAUCAAAUGCAACUGCAUAGCACAGCACAAGAACAUUUGGCCAUGUUUUUUUUAUCUGUCGUUUUGCCAUUGUUGAUUUUGAAUAGCGUGCGCGCAGUAUUCCGCUUCCAAGGAUACCCUGCGUAUAGCGUCACAGCCUGGAGCAUCACUGUAAUGCUACACAUAAAGUAGCAGAAGCGCACCCUGCUCCGGUUGCAUUCACAAGCAAAAUGCAAAACGGACCGAGACCCACGAUUUUUAAGCGGAACAGAGUUCGUUUGUGUGGUCCGAACUAGAGUUCAGAUGCGCGUUCACAUUUACAAAAUGAAGCGGACUGUCUGAGAAAAAGAACUGUGGUCCGUUUAAAACGUACCAAACAGUGCUAGUGUGAAAGCGCCCUUAAAAACUAUAUUACAGCUCCGUGAUGCAUCUUAUCACCAUAGGCGCAGUUUGACUUUUUGGGCAGGAGGGGCACAAUACAUUGAUGACCCCAAAACGCAGUGUCAACAAUAAAAUUAACUUACAAGAACAUUUAAAAUAAUAAGUUGACAAUUAGCGUUUUUUGUUUCCCAUCAUUCUUGAGGGGAAUUCUAAAUCGGGCUGCUUAAGCAAUACAUUUUUAACCAAGAUCGUCGUCCAUUGAAUUUGGUACGCCCGCCAGUGUCUUGCCAAUGUAGUUACCCCAGUCAAAAAUUGUAUUCCCUGGGCGGAGCCAUAUGGAGGUAGAUUUGGGUCUUUAUUAUUCAAUCAAAAAAAAGUUGCUGCAAUCAAAAAAAAAGUUGCUUCUACCAAAAUAUAUAUUUUCAACCCAAAAAAGUCGUUUAAAUAAAAAAAUGUGUUUGAAUGCAAAAUUAAAUUUGAAACUUAAAAACUCAAAAAUAUGCAUGCGAUAGCUAUUUU